GCGGUAAAGCUAGUGAUCGGUUGGAGCGCGUGCGAUGAAAGCGAACAGGAAUUUGUUAGUUUAAAUACACAUGAAUAUAUUUAUAGCUUAUUGCAGAAGGCGGACAGCGCGCUGCAUGCAUUUCUUGGUAAAUGUGCAUGAAGUGAGCCGUGCUGAGAGAGGAUUUGCAGCCGGGUGUCCCACUGGAGCGAACUUCUGCGUGUUUUUGUGAACAUUGAACCCCUGACAGCUUCCUGCUGUCACACGGACCGGCACGCAGCAAUUAGAUUACGAUCACUCUAUACAUGCCCAAAGCGUUCUGUGAAUUAUUCUUCUUGUUAUUUUUAAUUUUUUUGCAAUUGUUAUAUUAUGGGGCUUUUAAAGCUCAUGCAUCAUACAUGUAUUUUUUUCUUAAGAGACUGAAAACCAACUUGAGAAAAGACGGGAAGAAAUAUUCAGAAGUAGCCUUCAGUAAGUCAAGUUGGUCUCUCUGACUUCGCUGUCUGAAGUUUUCGCUUUUGUGCUUGUGGUGUUACGGUGAACUUUUAAUCGAAUAUAAGUGGUCAACAAGGAAACGGUCGAUCCGACAGCUCAGGUUGUUAUACUGACAUCUGCAAAAAUAAUAACUGUUUUAUUUUUUAUUUUUUGCGGACUAACGACUAGACCGGGUACAUUUCCGCGUGUACGUUUUGAUUUCCAAAGGCCAUUCCUGGUGGCGAUCACCGUCAUAUUGGCAUUACGGACAGGUGUCGUUGCAUGAACUGACAUGGCCACCGACCUCGCCAUGAGCGCCGAACUGCCCAACAGCCCCCUGGCCAUCGAGUACGUCAACGACUUCGACCUGAUGAAGUUCGAGGUUAAGAAGGAGCCCCCCGAAGCAGAGCGGUACUGCCACCGCCUGCCCACAGGCUCCCUGUCCUCCACCCCGCUCAGCACACCCUGUUCGUCCGUGCCUUCCUCGCCCAGUUUUUGUGCCCCCAGUCCUGGGACACAGCCCGCCCCCAACCCCAACAACGGCGUGGGCAGCAGCAUCAGCAACACCAACCAAAGCUCCACGAGCAAGGGGCAGUUGGAGGACCUUUACUGGAUUCCUAAUUACCAACACCACCUGAACCCAGAAGCCCUCAACCUGACACCGGAGGACGCCGUGGAGGCCCUUAUUGGCAACGCGCAUCACCACCACCACCAUCACCACCAUCAGCCCUUCGACAAUUACCGAGGCCAGCAAUACGCUGGGGAGGACCUGUCCACCGCCUCCACAGGACACCACCACCAGGCCCACCACCACCACCAUCACCACCACCACGGCCACCACCUGCGUCUGGAGGACCGCUUCACGGACGAGCAGUUGGUCAGCAUGACGGUGAGGGAGCUGAACCGGCAGCUGCGCGGAUUCAGUAAGGAGGAGGUCAUCCGCUUGAAGCAGAAGCGCAGGACCCUGAAGAACCGCGGAUACGCGCAGUCGUGCCGCUACAAGCGCGUACAGCAGCGGCACAUGUUGGAGAGCGAGAAGUGCACCCUGCAGAACCAGGUGGAGCAGCUGAAGCAGGAGGCCGCCCGCCUGGCCAAGGAGAGAGAUCUCUACAAGGAGAAGUACGAGAAGCUGGCGAGCCGCAGCUUCACGGCCAGCGGCAAGGACUCCCCCGGCAGCAGCCACGGAAAAGCCGGCUCGGCCGAGUUCUUCAUGUGAGCUCUCUUUCCUUUAAAGACUUUUUAGGCGCUUUGGUCGAGCGACUGUUUUUUACUUAUGUUUUGUUUGUUUUUCUCUUGGUUUGAGGACUUUUUGUUCAAAGCUAUUAUUUUAACAACACAAAGUAAUGUGAUAUUUGGAUAUUGUAAAUACAGAAAUUAUAUAGAGAUAUUUAUGGAAUUGUAAAUGCGAGAGAUGUAUAUGUCACGUGGGCGGGUCAGAAACGCUAGCUGCGACUUAGAUUUGGUUUGGCCCAAGGUUUCCAUAAGGAAUUAAAGCUUUGAAUUGAAGAAAUUGUAUUAGGAUACACAGUUAUAAAAGUAGUGUAAGGGAGGACCCCAGAUUUCUGGAAAGGGGAUCAUCAUUACUUCGUCUAAUUCUCAUAGACAAAGUUUAAAAGGCAUAGAUUACAACGUUUUCUUAACAUUAUAAGUCUUACUGAAACUUAUAUCGAUGUAACCCUAACGAUGGAGGGAAGUGGCACAGUUUUCUUGAUUUUUUUGAUUUAAGCAUUUUUGAGUGUCUUAAUACGAACGAGUCUUACGAACGGGGAUGAAGACGGGACGUCCGGACUAAACGUGUUUCCUGAAACUGGAAUUAAGACACGCUGAAGGAGGCGAAGCAAUACAUUUUUAUAAACGAGGUGUCGGACGGGUCUGUCAGAGGGACUCCCAACUGGAUCCACAGGGGAACCAAUGUACUGUGAAAGGACUACACGACCAUCACAAGUCUUGUAUAGCAACUUUUAGCAGCCCAGCAUGCAGGACAUGUAUGGUUUUACGACCCCCCCCCCCCCAUUAUAACAACCCCCAAUUUAACAAUAUGUGAGGGUGGGCACAUGUACGCAUGUAUCCCCCCCCCGCCCCCUACCCCCACCUCUCUACCACCGCCACCUCCAGUCGACCCCCCGCUGCAUACUUUCCUCUUUCGCUUAGGCAGAUAGGGUACUUAGACAUCCGCCUUGCAGGGGGACCCCCCCCCACCCCCCCCCGGGUGAGAUACUGUAGGAGACCGCGAAUGUCCCGUUUCAAUGGAGCGGCUGUUGCUCUUAAGUUAGAUUUUUUCUAUCGUUUUCGAACAAAACCCAAUCUGAGCCAGGUUUUACAGGUAUUUAUUUUCACUUGUAAAUA